AUGGAUGCAAAGGAUUGGAUCGAAGCCUUAACCCGAGGGCUGAUGUGCCUAGUAGGGAUCCUGGGGAACAACUGGCUGGGUCUCCGCUCUCUCCCUGGACCUAAGUCCCAUCUCCGCACCAACGAGCUCCUCUUCAUCAACCUGGCCGUCUCCAACCUCAUCACCAACUACCUGGUGGACCUCCCUGAUACCAUGGCUGACUUUGCUGGCCGCUGGUUCCUGGGGGAAGCCUACUGCGGUGUGUUCCGGUUCUGCUCGGACCUGUCGGAGACCAGCAGUAUCUUCUCUACCUUGUUUAUUAGUGUGUUCUGGUACCAGAAGCUGGUGGGCUCUCUGAAACGCGGAGGAGCUCCGGUCCAGCUGGACAGCCUCCGUCUCGUAGCCUGUCUCCUGGCUGGCAGCUGGACAGUGGCUGGGGUCUUCAGUGUUCCACACUUCUUCUUUGUCCAGGUGGACAGUGGGAAUGAGAGCCACAAGGACUGUAUAGAAGUAUUUCCCUCCCAAACUGCAAGGCAGACCUAUGAGACAUUGUAUCUGACCCUCGCUAACGCCCUCCCCAUCGCUGGUAUAGUGUUCUCCAGCAUCCAGAUUGUGAUCACUCUGCUAAGGAACCAGAUGCGUAUCAAGGGCCUGACUUCUGACCAUCACAAGGGGACAGAUAAUGCUCUACCUAACCAGCGGGAGAAGAUGGACAUCUCAGAGAAAUAUGAUGAAACAGGCAUCAAGACUUCUGAUAAAGAGGCAGAUUUACCAAUAGUUGCUUCUCCAGAUUUCCCUCAGAGUUCUAGAAACCAGAGGAUUUCAGACAUCCGCCCCAACCUGCCUGGUGUCUCCUGCUCUGUUGGUGAGAGCAGAGUCAGAGCUUCACCAGAUCUCCAGAGGACCUCCCAGCCUCCAGCUAAGCUCAGCCCAGGCACGCAGGUGAAGGCAGCCAAGAGCGUGGUGGCUGUGGCCACUGUGUUUGUGGUGUGCUGGGUGACCCACCUCUUACUGAGGAUAUCCAGCAACAUCCACAAGUCCUCCGUAGUGGUGGAGGUGGCCAGCUACAUCGCAUCCUCUUACACCUGCAUCAUACCUUACAUCUUCCUCUAUGGAGUAAAGAAACUGUCUUGCUCCUGCAGAAGGUAG